GCACCAUAACGUUGGAUGCCAACAGCAGAUAAACCCCACUGAAGAAGAAGGUGUUUUCACCGCAACCGCACCGAAAAAAAGUCAGGUAAAUGCCUGUCGUUACAUAAUGGGACAUCAUUAGCCUACGAAGUGUAUUUAAGGGCAAUGCCAGCGCCGUCUGCCUCACUUCAUCAUUCUGAAAGAACUGAAAAUGAUCUCUUUGAUUUUUAGGAGUUUGUUACUAUUUGCAGUGGUUGCAAUCUCGCUGGGUAAUGGAGCGCGGUAUACGGCCAAUUGGACAAGUAUCGACUCCCGGCCACUACCCGUGUGGUACGAUGAGGCGAAGAUCGGGAUUUUCGUUCACUGGGGGGUAUUCUCCGUGCCCGGGUACGGCCAGUUUAGCGAGUGGUUCUGGUAUUGGUGGAAAGGCGCACAGAGAGCGGCCGAGGUUGAGUUUAUGAAGAAAAACUACCCCGUGGGCUUUACAUACGCAGAUUUCGCGCACGAUUUCAAAGCGCAGUUCUUCGAUCCUGAUGAGUGGGCUGAAAUAUUUGAAGCUUCUGGAGCCAAGUAAGUCGCACACUGUUUAAUUGUUAACCAAUGGCUUACUUAUUCAACUAGGCCUACUCAACACGAGUGCACGAACACUAAGUAUUUGAUAUGGGUUGCAUGUUAGGGCGGCAGGUAGCUUAGUGGUUAAGAGCGUUGUGCCAGAAACCGAAAGGUCGCUGGUUCUAAUCCCCGAGCCGACUAGGUGAAAAAUCUGUCGAUGUGCCCUUGAGCAAGGCACUUAACCCUAAUUGCUCCUGUAAGUCGCUCUGGAUAAGAGCGUCUGCUAAAUGACUAAUUAUUAUAAUUAUUAUGUUUUACUUCUCGAUCACACCGACAGUAUUAUUGCGCAAAAUGGUACGCAACAUCAUCUGGAUAUGUGUACAACAAAAGUUCAACAUUCACCUUCUGCUACCAUUUCUGUCAACCCGUCUAUAUAUACAGUUUGAUGCAUACGUUCGAUAAAUCCAACGUAUGCACCACACAGAACGCACUGCAACUGCCUCUGCAACGCAAUGCUGCAAGGCAAACACAGCUUUCCAUUUGAAAUUAACGUACUACUGGUGUACCGAAAUGUUUUGACGGUGUUGGUGUUAUCGAGGCGUUAUGCAUAAGAAGCACUGAACCUAUAGGCUAUUAGUAUGAAUUGUCGUGAAAAGUUGAAAUGGGCUUCUGCUAGCCAGUCUAGUUUAUCCACAUUUGCCUAAAUUCAAAUUAGGCACUGGGCAGAAUUUUUUUGUUUUUUGUGAGCUGAUGACAUCCCAAUGUUUAGCCCCUCUGCAAUACAUACACUGUGCAUACAACAUUUUUUUUUUUACAUCAUUGCCAGGUACGUGGUGUUCACAUCCAAGCAUCACGAGGGCUUCUGUAACUGGCCUUCUGCAGACUCCUGGAACUGGAACUCAGUGGAUACUGGACCACACAGAGACCUGGUGGGAGACCUGGCAGCAGCCAUACGCAAGAGGUACGACAUCUUUCCUAGACACUGAUCUCGGGUCAGUUUAGCGUCAGUUUAGCAUUUUCCCCUCUAACGACUGGGGGGAGGGAAAAGCUGAUCCUAGAUCUGUCCCUAGCGGAAACCUCACCCCAGAGCCUCUUUCACCACAAUACAUGACCGUUCCCCUGGAAUAGGUUACUCUGGUCAAACUGGUUUGGAAACCAAGGCCUGCAUUCUCAAAGCUUCUUAGACUGUCUAGGUUCUAGGAUCAGUGUUGACUUAAGGGGAGUAGACCUGAUCCUACAUAAUCAAUCCUACUCUGAGAUACUUUGUGAAUACCGGGCCCUGGUUGGUGUGUAGAAUCUCAGGUCAUACCAGCUCACACAACUUUUCACAUACAUAUAUUCUGUUUCCAUAGGAAGGGACUGCACUUUGGCCUGUACCACUCCCUGUAUGAGUGGUUUCAUCCACUGUACCUGAAGGACAAAGCUUCCGGGUUCAAGACCCAGGAGUUUGUCUUCCGGAAGGCUCUUCCUGAGCUGAUUAACCUGGUGAUGACCUAUAAACCGGAGCUGAUCUGGUCCGAUGGGGAUUGGGAAGCUCCGGACACCUACUGGAACUCAACAGAAUUUCUGGCCUGGCUCUACAACGACAGUCCUAUCAAGGUGAGAGAGAGGCUGAGGGAAGAUGCAAUAUGGCGGCGGCCCAAAUGGUACCCUAUUCACUUUGUAGUGCGCCACUUUUGACCAGGGCCCAAUGGAGAUAAGACAAAUGAUUGACAUGAGCUUUUACCAGUUAUUGUCUAGGUGCUAGCCGACGUCAUGACAUGGACUUAGAACUAUGUAUGUAUGUCAUGUGAUAUGUGUCACCUGAACUAUAUGUUAAUUGAGGGGUGGAGUUAGAACUAUGUAUGUCAUGUGAUGUGUGUCAGUGUCACAAGAUGCACCUGAUCACAUUUAGAUCAGGUGACACAUGUCACAACAAGACACAAGAACUCUCUCACCUUUUUUUGUCUUUUUUUUUUGUCUGAAACCGGUUAGGACAAAGGUUGUCUUGUAAAUAUGAACUGCACUACUGCCUCUUGUUAACCCAGAACAACACUGACCAUUGUUUUCAAUCUACUUCCCCAGGACUUUGUGGUUGUCAAUGACAGAUGGGGGAAUGGUUGUUACUGCAAACAUGGCGGCUACUACAACUGUGCAGACAGGUAGACUAUUCUCUAGCACCAACAGUGAACUCUAGAUCAUACCUCCUUAGGCACCUACAUUUACAUUCAGGGGUUGGACGCAAAAUUAUUAUCCAAUCGUUUAAUUUCCGACCAGCAAAAUAAAGUUCUGAACCAGUUCCUGAAAUGUAAAAUAACGUUAUUAACCGGGUUCCCAUGCUUUUAAAAAUAACGGUUCUGUUCCGGAACAGUAUGGAUCACUUUCGUUCCCGUUUCUGUUCCUUGAAAAAUGUAGUUAUUUUCGGUUCUGUUCCCCUGAACCGGUUCCAACCCGUUUACAUUUUGGUGAUUUAGCAGAUAGUCUUAUCCAGAGUGACUAACAGUCAGUGCAUUCAACUAAGGUAGAUAAAUGUACUGUAUAAGACAUAUGCCAAUAGCUCCACCUUCUCUGAUUAGGUGGAUUUUUCCUAGACUCCUGCUUACAACUAUUGGAUUGUUACCUAGACUCCUGCUUACAACUAUUCAAUCAUGUAGGAUUUACACAUGGAAUUCAGAAACAGGCUGUCAGCCUUGGUAGCAUAUCAGACUUGCAGACAGUCUGAACCAGUGGGAUGUGUGUGUUUUUUAUAUUUUACCCCCCAGGUUCACUCCAGGCUCUCUGCCUGACCACAAGUGGGAGAAAUGCCAGUCCGUCGACAACCGCUCCUGGGGUUACCGUAGAAACAUGAUGCUCAGCGAGCUGAUGGACCUGCCCACCAUCAUAACGGUUAGAGGUCACAGGAAUUGAAAGUCAUACUGAGGGGACAAACAAAACUGGGGCUCAGUUUGAAUACUUUGGAAUGUUCUUGUCCUCACUUCUCUCCUUACGGACUAAUCUGACUCUAGUUUUAUUCAGUGAGCUACGGCAAUGUCCGUUACGUUUCUGCUCAAUUUGUAACAAAGAUCAGGAUAUGACCUCUGUCUCUCUGCACACGGAUGACUGGGGGUGUCUAUCUCUAUUUCAUAAACAGAGUUUUCACUAACUUGGUAAAAUCUAAGUUUAUUGACAUCUCUCCCCGUAUCAUGUGUCUUUAGUGUGUGUGUGUGUGUGUGUGGUAGAUACUGCCCGUGUCUCUGAGUAAGCAUUCUCUUAUCUCUUGUUCUUUCAUCAGGACAUGGUGUAUGUGGUCACUAUAGCUUGUGGAUAUGGAGUGUUUGGUAAUGUCAGUUUAGUGAUCUCUGUCCCCUGUAUCUUGUUUCAUCAGGACAUGGUGUAUGUGGUAUCUUGUUUCAUCAGGACAUGGUGUAUGUGGUAUCUUGUUUCAUCAGGACAUGGUGUAUGUGGUGGCCCUGGGGGGUAACUACCUGCUGAACAUUGGUCCCAUGGAGGACGGCAUCAUCUCCCCUCUCUUUGAGGAGAGGCUGAGGGGCAUGGGGGCCUGGCUGGGGGUCAACGGAGAGGCCAUCUACUCCUCCAAACCCUGGAGGAUCCAGGGGGAGAACACCACCGUACCUGUCUGGUAGGAGACAAUACAAUAAUACAAUACAGUCUGGUAGGAGACAAUACAAUAAUACAAUACAGUCUGGUAGGAGGCAAUACAAUACAGUCGGGAGAUGGACAAUACAAUAUACCAUACAGUCUGGUAGGAGGCAAUCAAUAAUACAAUACGUCUGGUAGGAGACAAUACAAUAAUACAAACAGUCUGGUUAGGAGGCAAUACAACUACAGUCUGUAGGAGGCAAUACAAUAAUACAAUACAGUAUGGAUAGGAGGCCAAUACAAUAAUACAAUCCAGUCUGGUAGGAGGCAAUUACAAUAAUACAAUACAGUCUGGUAGGAGGACAAACAAUGAAUACAAUACAGUCUGGUAGGAGGGCAAUUACAAUAAUACAUACAGUCUGGUAGAGAGCAAUACAAUAAUACAAUACAGUCUGGUAGGAGGCAAUACAAUAAUACAAUACAGUCUGGUAGGAGGACAAUACAAUAAUACAAUACAGUCUGGUAGGAGACAAUACAAUAAUACAAUACAGUCUGGUAGGAGGACAAUACAAUAAUACAAUACAGUCUGGUAGGAGACAAUACAAUAAUACAAUACAGUCUGGUAGGAGACAAUACAAUACAGUCUGGUUGGAGACAAUACAAUACAGUCUGGUAGGAGGCAAUACAUACAGUCUGGAGGAGACAAUACAGUCUGGUAGGAGCAAUACAAUAAUUUAGACAAUAAACGUCUGGUAGGAACAAUACAAUACAGUCUGGUAGGAGACAAUAUACAAUACAGUCUGGUAGGAGAACAAAUACAAUACAGUCUGGUAGAGACAAUACAGUCUGGUAGGAGACAAUACAAUAAUCUGGUAGGAGCAUACAUACAUACAGUCUGUAGGAACAUACUGGAGAGCAAUACAGUCUGGUGGAGACAAUACAAUACAGUCUGGUAGGAGCAAUACAAUACAUCUUAGGGAAUACAGUCUGGUAGGAGGCAAUACAUAAUACAAUACAGUCUGGUAGGAGGCAAUACAAUAAUACAAUACAGUCUGGUAGGAGCAAUACAAUAUACAAUACAGUCUGGUAGGAGACAAUACAUACAGUCUGGUAGGAGACAUACAAUAAUACAAUACAGUCUGGUAGGAGACAUACAAUAAACAUACAGUCUGGUAGGAGCACAUACAAUGAACAAUACAGUCUGGUAGGAGGCAAUACAAUCAGCUUAGGACAAUACAGUCUGGUAGGAGGCAAUACAAUAAUACAAUACAGUCUGGUAGGAGACAAUACAAUUAAACAUACAGUCUGGUAGGAGACAAUACAUAACAAUACAGUCUGGUAGGAGACAUACAAUAACAAUACAGUCUGGUAGGAGAGCAAUACACGUAAAAUACAAUACAGUCUGGUAGGAGACAAUAUACAGUCUGGUAGGAGGCAAUACAAUAAUCAAUACAGUCUGGUAGGAGGCAUAUACAGUCUGGUAGGAGACAAUACAGUGGAGACAAUACAACAAUACAGUCUGGUAGGAGGACAAUACAAAAUACAAUACAGUCUGGUAGGAGACAAUACAUACAGUCUGGUAGGGGGAACAAUACUCAAUAAUACAAUACAGUCUGGUAGGAGACAAUACAAUAUACAAUACAGUCUGGUAGGAGAAUACAAUACAGUCUGGUAGGAGACAAAUAUACAAUAUUACAUACAAUACAGUCUGGUAGGAGCACAAUACAGUCUGGUAGGAGACAAUAACAACAAUACAAUACAGUCUGGUAGGAGACAACAUACAAUACAUCUGGUAGGAGCAAUACAGUCUGGUAGGAGACAAUACAAUAAUACAAUACAGUCUGGUAGGUAACAAUACAAUACAGUCUGGUAGGAGACAACAAUACAUACUGGUAGGAGACAAUACAGUCUGGUAGGAGACAAUACAAUAAUACAAUACAGUCUGGUAGGAGACAAUACAGUCUGGUAGGAGCAUACAAUAAUACAAUACAGUCGGUGAGGAACAAUACAUCAGUCUGGUAGGAGGUACAAUACAGUCUGGUAGGAGACAAUACAAUAAACAAUACAGUCUGGUAGGAGACAAAUACAAUACAAUCGUCUGGUAGGAGACAAUACAGUGGUAGAGAAUCAAAUACAUCGUCUGGUAGGAGACAAUCAAUACAGUCUGGUAGGAGACAAUACAAUAAUACAAUACAGUCUGGUAGGAGACACAUUACAAUACAGUCUGGUAGGAGACAAUACAAUAAUACAAUACAGUCUGGUAGGAGACAUACAGUCUGGUAGAGAUAAUACAAUACAGUCUGGUAGGAGACAAUACAAUAAUGUAGGCAAUACAGAUCUGGUAGGAGACAAUACAAUAAUACAAUACAGUCUGGUAGGAGACAAUACAGUCUGGUAGGAGACAAUACAAUAAUACAAUACAGUCUGGUAGGAGGCAAUACAGUCUGGUAGGAGACAAUACAAUAAUACAAUACAGUCUGGUAGGAGACAAUACAAUACAGUCUGGUAGGAGACAAUACAAUAAUACAAUACAGUCUGGUAGGAGACAAUACAGUCUGGUAGGAACAAUUACAAUAACUACAAUACAGUCUGGUAGGAGACAAUACAAUAAUACAAUACAGUCUGGUAGGAGACAAUACAAUAAUACAAUACAGUCUGGUAGGAGCAUACAGUUGAGCAAUAAUCAAUAAGUCUGGUAGGAGACAAUACAAUAAUACAAUACAGUCUGGUAGGAGACAAUACAAUAAUACAAUACAGUCUGGUAGGAGGCAAUACAAUAAUACAAUACAGUCUGGUAGGAGACAAUACAAUAAUACAAUACAGUCUGGUAGGAGACAAUACAGUCUGGUAGGAGCAAUACAAUAAUACAAUAAGUCUGGUAGGAGGCAAUACAGUCUGGUAGGAGGCAAUACAAUAAUACAAUACAGUCUGGUAGGAGGCAAUACAAUACAGUCUGGUAGGAGGCAAUACAAUACAGUCUGGUAGGAGAUAAUACAAUACAGUCUGGUAGGAGGCAAUACAAAUACAAUACAGUCUGGUAGGAGCAAUACAAUAUACAUACAGUCUGGUAGGAGACAAUACAAUAAUACAAUACAGUUCUGGUAGGAGGCAAUACAAUAAUACAAUACAGUCUGGUAGGAGACAAUACAAUACAGUCUGGUAGGAGACAAUACAAUACAGUCUGGUAGGAGACAAUACAAUACAGUCUGGUAGGAGCAAUACAAUACAGUCUGGUAGGAGGCAAUACAAUAAUACAAUACAGUCUGGUAGGAGAUACAAUACAGUCUGGUAGGAGACAAUACAAUAAUACAAUACAGUCUGGUAGGAGGCAAUACAAUAAUACAAUACAGUCUGGUAGGAGACAAUACAAUACAGUCUGGUAGGAUACAAUACAGUCUGGUAGGAGACAAUACAAUAAUACAAUACAGUCUGGUAGGAGGCAAUACAAUAAUACAAUACAGUCUGGUAGGAGGCAAUACAAUACAGUCUGGUAGGAGGCAAUACAAUAAUACAAUACAGUCUGGUAGGAUACAAUACAGUCUGGUAGGAGACAAUACAAUGAUACAAUACAGUCUGGUAGGAGACAAUACAAUACAGUCUGGUAGGAGAGAAUACAGUCUGGUAGGAGGCAAUACAAUAAUACAAUACAGUCUGGUAGGAGACAAUACAAUAAUACAAUACAGUCUGGUAGGAGACAAUACAAUACAGUCUGGUAGGAGGCAAUACAAUAAUACAAUACAGUCUGGUAGGAGACAAUACAAUAAUACAAUACAGUCUGGUAGGAGGCAAUACAAUACAGUCUGGUAGGAGGCAAUACAAUACAGUCUGGUAGGAGGCAAUACAAUACAGUCUGGUAGGAGGCAAUACAAUAAUACAAUACAGUCUGGUAGGAGAUAAUACAAUACAGUCUGGUAGGAGACAAUACAAUACAGUCUGGUAGGAGGCAAUACAAUACAGUCUGGUAGGAGACAAUACAAUAAUACAAUACAGUCUGGUAGGAGACAAUACAAUACAGUCUGGUAGCUAUUACAUAGAUUUCUCAACUGAAAUGUGGAAUAAUUGAUCAAACUUGGACAGAGUCAAGUUAAUGCUUCUUUUACUGCCAUCUACUGGAAAAGUGUUAAAUAAGUAAUGACUGUAUAUGUAUCCUUCCAUAGGUACACCUCUAAGAACAACACUGUCUAUGCCAUACUGCUGGCGUGGCCUUCAAAACUGCUGUUCAGCCUCGCCGCACCCAAAACCUCUGAGGCCACUAAUGUAAGUAUAGCAAACAUGGGAUUUUACUCUUUAUGGUUCGUAACAUUGUGUGUGUUAUUGAAAGAUGCGUUGUGGAUUCUGUCCAAUAAGGUACAGAGAUGUCACGGACAGCACCUUUUUUUUAUGCUAACUGAAUAUUACCGUCUCUCUUCUCAGGUCACCAUACUGGACAACCCGUCCGUACCUCUGAAGUGGGUAUCGACGACACCAACCGGACUGGUGGUAGUCAUGCCUGACAUGCCAGUUUCCCCGGGCCGAGGCUGGGUCCUUAGACUAGAGGGAGUAGCGUGAGGAGGCAGU